UCCAUUUGAUUGAUUGAGAUCAGUCAAAGUCAUUCCCAAAUACUUUUUCAAAACCCUAACUCUAAAAUCGGAAUUAAUUUCGACCUUCAACCGCCAUGAAUCAUUACGAUGCCAGAAUUGUCGACGCCGGUUCUUACCAUCAGCGCCGGAGUGAUUUUAUGGGAUUACCGGCUACUGCGGGACCCCCUGCAAACUUUGGCCGAGGAGGAGCGGCUCCGUUCAGAGGUCCUCCGGCUGUAGUGCCGCCGCCUUUUGUAGGCGGUGCUAGAGGUGUUGGAAAUGGUUACCCACCUUUUGAACCUGGUGUGAGGGGAGGUUUUAAUGUAGGUGUAGGUGUUGGAAGAGGAGGGAGGGGAUUCGGUGCCUCGAGAGGUGGUGGUAGUGGCGGAGGGAGAAUGAGUAAUGGAGGCUUUGAUGGUGGUUUAGGGAGAGGAGGUGGACGGGGUUUUGAUUCAGGACGUGGUGGUAGGGGGAGUCGGGGAGGUGGACGUGAUGGAGGUAGAGGGUUUGGUGGUGGGGGUGGGCGAGGUGGAGGUGGAGGGAGGGGUUUUGGUGGUGGUGGGAGAGGAGGAAGAGGUGGUGGGUCAAAAGGGGAUCUGGAUAAUAUUGCUUUACCGAAACAGGAUUUUGGAAAUCUGGUGCCUUUUGAGAAGAACUUUUACGUCGAGAAUCCUUCUGUUAGGGACUUGAAUGAUCACGAGGUCGCGAUUUACCGUGACCGAAGGGAGAUUACUAUUGAAGGUCAUGAUGUUCCAAGGCCAGUCCGGAUGUUUCAUGAGGCUGGUUUUCCCGACUACUGUCUCGAGGUCAUUUCCAGACUGGGAUUUUCUGAGCCGACACCAAUUCAGGCCCAAGGAUGGCCUAUGGCUUUGAAGGGAAGAGAUUUAAUUGGGAUUGCCGAGACUGGUUCGGGGAAGACUUUGUCGUAUUUGCUUCCUGCUUUGGUUCAUGUUGCAGCCCAACCUCAAUUGGUUCAUGGGGACGGUCCCAUUGUACUAGUGCUGGCUCCCACUCGAGAAUUAGCUGUCCAGAUCCAACAAGAAGCUGGAAAAUUUGGAUCACAUUCCAGAAUAAGAAGCACUUGCAUAUAUGGUGGUGCCCCUAAGGGACCCCAGAUUCGUGAUCUUCAAAGAGGGGUUGAAAUUGUUAUCGGGACGCCUGGUCGGUUGAUAGAUAUGCUGGAAGCCCGACACACAAACUUGAGAAGAGUGACUUACCUUGUCUUAGAUGAAGCCGAUCGCAUGUUAGAUAUGGGGUUUGAGCCUCAAAUUCGAAAAAUUAUUUCCCAAAUCAGACCAGAUAGACAAACUCUAUAUUGGAGUGCCACAUGGCCUAAAGAGGUUGAGAGUUUGGCAAGGCAGUUCUUACGCAAUCCAUACAAGGUGAUCAUUGGUUCCCCUGUUCUUAAAGCAAACCAGUCAAUAAACCAGAUUAUUGAGGUUGUAACAGAUGCAGAAAAGUACAACAGGUUGAUUGGACUGCUGAAAGAAAUGAUGGAUGGAAGCCGAAUUCUUAUAUUUGUGGAAACAAAGAAAGGAUGUGAUCAAGUGACAAGACAACUUAGAAUGGAUGGAUGGCCUGCAUUAUCCAUCCAUGGUGAUAAAAGCCAAGAUGAAAGAGAUUGGGUCUUGGCAGAGUUCAAAAGUGGCAGAAGUCUUAUAAUGACUGCCACUGAUGUUGCUGCCCGUGGUCUUGAUGUGAAGGACAUAAAAUGUGUUAUCAAUUAUGAUUUCCCCACAAGUCUUGAGGAUUACGUACAUAGAAUAGGACGUACUGGACGUGCAGGAGCCAAGGGGAUUGCUGUCACUUUUUUUACCCAUUCAAAUGCAAAAUAUGCUAGAGAGCUCGUGAAGAUCCUUCAAGAAGCUGGCCAAGUUGUUCCUGCUGCAUUAACUGCUAUGACCCGGUCAAUGGGUCCUGGGGGUGGGAACUUUAGAUCAAGAGGUCGAAAUGGAUUUGGCAAUCGCGGUUUGACAGGAUCCAAUACUGUGCCUGUUGGUUCAAAAAGGCGUUGGUAAUUUCUUUUUGUGGUGUUAGCUAGCAAACCUUACAGAUUUAUGUUAUGUUACAAAAAUUCCACAACUACAGUAGUGUCUCAAUUUUAGGAUUUAGCUAAUGUUAUUGUAUUGUUAGAUCUUUUUUUUUGUGCAUCACAGAUGGAAAUUUCUUUGCCACAUGAUAAACACAAUCUUUUUAAGUUAUAAACAUUGCUUGCUUCGGUUUUUAA